AGUGAGGCUGUCGGUCUGGAGGAAGGGGAAGCGGCAGCGUCUUCCUCCAGCUGGGCGACAGGGGAGCGGCUCUGAGUGCGGCGCUUCAGCCCUUCCUUCACGGUAUGGCCAAGAGACGGAUAGAAAAGGAACUAAAAGACUUGCAACGAGACCCACCAGCUCAAUGUUCAGCAGGUCCAGCAGGAGAUGAUAUGUUCGCUUGGCAAGCCACUAUUAUGGGACCUUAUGACAGUCCAUAUCAGGGAGGAGUGUUCUUUCUUGCAAUUCAAUUCCCCACAGAUUACCCUUUUAAACCGCCAAAGGUUGCAUUUACAACAAAAAUAUAUCAUCCAAACAUAAACAGCAAUGGCAGCAUUUGUCUUGAUAUUCUGCGAUCACAGUGGUCACCAGCAUUAACAAUAUCAAAAGUUUUAUUAUCUAUUUGUUCACUCCUGUGCGAUCCUAAUCCUGAUGAUCCACUCGUUCCAGAAAUUGCACAUAUGUACAAAACAGAUAAGGAAAAAUACAACAAGCAAGCAAGAGACUGGACUCAGAAAUAUGCAAUGUAAAAUCAUUGUUGGGUAUACUGCAACCAUCCAAUAGAAGAAAAAGUGACAACACUAUUUUUUCCAAUUGAAACACAUAGAGUUCACAAUAAAUAUUCAUUGUGGGCGAUAAGUACUGUAAAUUUUCUUAACUGCAAACAAAGUAUGAUCAUUGUCUGUUUUCAGAACUGCAAACUGUUCUUGCAGUAAUUGCUAAAUGAGCAAUGAGGCAAGUAGUUUACCAAUAAAAUUCCACAUAGUGGUGUUUUUCAUAUUCUGACAAGCAUUCCAACGCUACUUUUGAUCUGUUAUCUGGUACAACUGUUAAUUCUAUGCAUUUUGGACUGGUAUUAAGUAUUUUCUGAAUCAGUUUUCUUUCACUUUGCUACACUUGUGCCAAGAUGUUGGUGAGAAAUGUGGGAAUAAGCUGGUUGCCAACAGUGAUUUCAACGUCAAAAACUGCACAAAUGUUGGCCUGCCCAUUCUUGCUGCUCUCCAUUCAUUUACUGGAAGUGCUGGAGAUGCAUCGGUCUCUUGUUCAGACUUGGAGUCAGUUUUUUAAAAAAUCUUGUGCAGUUGACAUAAUCACUCACCAAACCUUGUGCUAUGUUGCAUCAACCAGACAAUAACCGAUUGAAAAUUAUCCCUUGUACCAUCACAAUUAUAAUAGCAAUGUUCAAUCUGGUUUAAUGUCUUUUCAUUAGGGAUAGAAUGUAAGUCUACAUGGUGCUGGCUCUUUAUAAUUGACAUAUAUACAGUAUUACCUACCUCUGGUAAAAUAUAUCUUUCCUUGCCUAUCAUCCAUCUCACUGAUUACAAUAUUGUUUUGGACCCUUCUUUGAUUGGUUUGAUAUGCUUACUUGUGUUUAUCCAAUUUGAAGUAAAAUUGCUGUUGUGAAUGGUUUUGAUGUUAAAUGAUCAAUUAAAUCACAGCCAAUUUUCAAAUUGCUUGGGUUCUUUAAGUUUGAACUACAGUGUCAGAGACAAUUUAGAACAUUUUGUCUUAAAUGUUUCUAAAUUAUUUAGAAUAGUUAAAAUCAUGGAUAAAAUUUAUUUUACAACAAAAAUGGAUGAUGCUUACUACAAGCCUUGAAUCAUGACUGAACUUCUAUCUUUAUAGAUAUGACUGAAAAAUGCACUUUUUCUCUAAACUGAAGAGCUGAACUGCUGCAGUUGUAAUUAAAACAGUUGGACUGUUUUGCCAGUGAUUUGUCUUCUUUUAAAAUGACCUCACUCGUUUUCUGGGAUAGUAGGAACUGCCGAUGCUGGAGAAUCUGAGAUAACACGGUGUGAAGCUGGAUGAACAUAGCAGACCGAGCAGGAAAGUUUGACGUUUCGGGUCAAGACCCUUCUUCAGAUUUUCUGAUACUGCUUGGCCUGCUGUGUUCAUCCAGCUUCACACCGUGUUAUCUCACCUUUGUUUUUCUGUUUGUUUGACUUAUUUAUCCUUACUGAAAUCUGGAAAAGUCUGUGUAUUACAGCGCAGUGCUUUGCAAGGUACAUACCCUAUAUUGUGGUCUAUCCCUUACCCUUCUUAAAAGCCAGUUUUUUUUGCUCAUUUGAAACAUUUAACCCUGCCUUUUUGAUCUUCUAACCCACUGCCAGAGUCUCUGAACUUUAAACUCUGUCACCUUGUCUCUCCACAGAUGUUAGCUGAGCUAUGGAAUGUUUCCAGAACAUUUCAGUUUUUUGAUUUGACUUCCAGAAUUUGCAUAUCUUACUUUGUUCAGACCGAUGUUCAUAGGGGCUGGCUCAUGAUGAACAGAAGUUGGAUUAAAUUGUCAAAUAGCCACUUUGAAGAAAACAUUAAGGCAGUGCCUGUAGGAGCUGUGCUUUUCAGUGAUGUCACUGGCUGAGAAAUGCAAAGCAUGAGACAAAAAGGAAUUUUUGUAAAAGAAACACAUCAGAGGCUUUUCUCCUCUUUUGAUAACUCAUGGCUAAUAAUGCAUAUCUGUUUUAUUUUAAUUGUUAAAACUUAAAGCAAGGUCGCUAGGCUUGUCUAACUUUCACUUUUUGUCCAAAUAAAAAUGCUCAGCAAAUUUAGUUCACA